CUGCUGUCCGUCCCUCUGUCCCUCUGUCCCCCAGGGGUCUGAAGGAGGAGGUGCAGAAGCAGAGCACCCAGAGGGAGCAGCUGGGGGGACCCCCGGGGGAGCCCCACUGCGCCUGCUGCCUACGGCCCUUCCGGCUGCUGAGCGCCCCCCCACACCAAUGCCAGGGCUGCCCGCUGGUCACCUGUGAGGGCUGUGGCCGCUGUCACCCCGAGGGACAGGACUGGCUGUGUGACCCCUGCCACCUGGCCAGGGCGGGGAAGACGGGCUCCCUGGACUGGUUCUAUGGCCACCUGAGGGCCCGUUUCAGGAGCUUUGGGAGUGCCAAGGUCAUCCGGUCCCUGAGCCAGCGUCUGCGGGCAGGUGAGCCCCAGCCAAGCUCUGGAGAGAGAGAUGGGGACAGGGAGCAGCUGGCAGUGGAUGGAGAAGGGGACUUGGGGGCCCAGCCUCAGCCCCCCGGCAGCAGCACGACAAAGCGCCGUCUGUCUGUCCACGGCCUGGACGAACAGCUGGACUCGGACGACUCCGCCAACUCCUGGGGGUCCCUCCCCAGCCCGAGGCGUGACCCCGGGGCCACAGGCAGCCCACAGCCCUCCGCAGGUGAGCCCAGCUCUAAAGAGACCACCUCCCAGGACACCCUGGUCCCCAAGGAGGCCAACCCCUGGGAGGCUGCGGGCCCUGCUGACCUGGAGCAGCAGACGGACACCUUUACACCCACCGGACAGGACGUCACACUGGACCCGCCCAGGCCGCCCCGCAUCCCAGCCCCCGAGGGGGCUGCUGCACGGCCAGGCACAGCCGCCCUGAGCGCUGAGUGUCCUCCGGCGCCCAACCUGGGGGAGCUGCCCAGCUCUGACGGCCACGGGACGUGCGAGAUGGCUGCCCUCAGGGUGGCCCCUCAGCCAGCCACUCACGGGACCCAGCUCGCCCUGGACAGCCAGGUCCCUGGGCUGAGCCGCCGCCUGUCCGCUGUGGACCGUCUGCUGACACGCCUGGAGCAAGUGGUGGCUGCCCCCCCAGCCCAGGGCCCGGCUGACUUUGCAACCUCAGAGGCCAACCUGGAGGAGGAGGCCCUGAGGAUGAAGCUGCAGCAGCUGACCAGUCACAUCAGUGACCAGGGGAGCUCAUCUGAGGAGGAGGACAAGGAGGAUGGGGUGCAGCCGGGAGGGGCACCCGUCCUCACAGAGCCCCCCAGAGGAGCCCCUGAGGGGUCCCCAGAGGCUGUGCAAGCGUGUGGACGGGAGUGGACCACGGACCAGGAGCUGUCGAGGCUGGAGGACAGAGUGGCCACGGCGGCGUCUGAGGUCCAGCAGGCCAAGGCUGAGGUGUCCCACAUCCAGUCCAGGAUCGCGGCCCUGCAGGCGGCCGGGCUGACCGUCAGGCCCUCGGCCACCCCCCGGCGGAGGAGGUCCAACCUGCCCAUCUUCCUCCCCCGGCUGGCUGGGACCCUUGGCCAACGCCCCCAGGACCCGUGCGCAGACUCCCCUGAGGGCGAGGUACGUUCUUGGGCAGGGAGCGGGGCCCGGCCCCCAAGACCCCAGGAGCACAGACGCCCGGAACUUUCCCAGCUGCGGGGGCUGGGACCACUGGAUGUGUUGCGGGGGCACAGAGGGUGGGCAGCUGAGGGCUGGAGCAGACCUCACGAGUGCGCCGGGACUGGAUCCCAGGGCCAGAGACGGCUUUCCCACUGGCCACCCAGCCUGCAGCUCUGCCCAUUGGGCUGCCCUACACCCUGGUUCAAGGGCCCGUAUGCUCACUGUGGGGAGCAGGCUGUGUCACCAAGGACACGUGGUCUCGCUACUCGGCUCACUGCCCCCAGGCCCCAUGCCACCAAGUGCCCAGGCCCCCAUGACCCCAUGUGCCCCUUGCCCCCAUGCCCCCAUGUCCCCCAGGCCCCCAUGUCCCCAUGCCCCCAUGCCCCCAUGCCCCCAUGA